CUCGAUCUUUCUGUACGAACAAAUUGAUUUGUGAUUUUACGAGGUCGUAAAAUCACAAACAUUGGCUGACAAACCGUAAAAUUUUUAAAGGAUUUGAAAGGAGUGAAAUGUAUAAAAUGUUGAUAAAAUAAAUUGCAAAAAGAGAUAGAAGUUAAAAAUUAAAAAGAAAUUUUGUUGCUUCGUUUAAAUUUUGUUUAAUCAGUGAAAAAUGAUUUGCACCUUGAUAGUAAUGACUGAUGUGUCCUGUGGCUUUCAGAUAUUCAACAAUAAUGUACAUUCUCUUAGUGUGCUGUCUGAUGUUGCUGUCGAGGGUUUCUGGGGUGAAAAACAUCACACAUGGGGUAGCUAGACACCUCAGAUCAGUAACAUUCCCCGACGGAAGUGGUAUGGGGAUAUUCUUUGCUAUCGGACUGCCCAUCAACAUCCCCAACAAAUCCAUCCAGACGUCCUUCUUCUUUGAAGCAAAUUAUGGCCUACCAGGGCUGGCGAAUUCCACCGAUUACCUGGACGAUUUACCUUUGAGAAAACGCAGCUUGGAUCGACGAAUAGCAUAUGAAAUUAUUAUAAACAAAUUAGAAAGUUUUGGGUUUUCUGGAGAGAAUUGUUUGUUAAAAAUGAUCUGUGAAGUUGCACACCAACCUUUCACUGAUAACGGAGUGAUGGGUGACAUACUGCGAAUUUUGUUCACACCAUCCUCUUCGCAAGAUGAACACCUUCCAAGCAGCAUCGUCGAGGCUGAGUACGCGGAAGACUGCAAUGACCAGUACAAAAAAUGUCCUCAAAGUCCAUUAGCUCUGAUAAGCCACCACGAUCUCAGUAUCAUUAGUUAAGCAUGCCAUAAUAUUAAUGCAAUCUUCA